AAAAUUGUCCGUAAAAAGAGUAAAAAAAUCAUCUGAGUAACAAAAAAGCUCUGCGUGUGGUCUUUAUGGAUUUUCAUUUAUAUCCAAAUGUUCUUCCGUCAAAAUUAAAACACAAGGAAGAAAACAAAUACCACAACAUAUUGUUUUCCCUUCAUUAAAUUUUCAUCGUACCGUGAUAUUAUCAUACAUUUGCUUGCACAUUAAGAAAAAGCUCGAACCAAUUUAUAUGUUUUCUGUUCGCAUUUACCUUUUUGGGGGUCAGUGUAUGUGUUCUUUUUUUCUUUACUUUUUUUCUUCAUUUCGUUGAAUUGAAUUAAAUUAAAAGACUAAACGUGCUCAGUCAAAGCGAACAUAGAGAAAUAAAGAAAGGAAAGGAAAACGAAAAAAAAAGGAGAAAAUAAUCGAGGGUUAUGCGCUGAGUGGUAAAGCUUAAUUAAUGCUCAAUAUUGGUGAAAAAUCGGUUCGUUUCAAUUUCAGUUUUAACAAGUUUUGUGUUGAAGUAGAUUCGUGCAUGAAAUCCACCCGAAACAUUCUUAAAACAGACAAAGAGAAAGAUAAAUUGAUAUACACUGUAAUCAUAACGGGAUAAUAACAAUAACCAUCAUAUUAAUAUGAUAUAAUAAAAUAAUGGUAAUAAAAAUUGCCGAGUAAUAGAAAAGGUUAAUAUUCCAAGUGGUCGAGAGAGAGAGAAAAAAAAACGUGGAGCGAACCGGCACAAGAACGAAACAGUAAGUGUGUGUGCGCAAAGCAAAUUCUUUUGGCUUGGUGGCGUGUAGCCAACACACACACACUCACACUUCAAUUGAUAUGGUGGCCCAACAAUCGAGUGAAAUAAAAUAACGAAAGAAAAAAAAUUACGAGAAAAAAAAAUAAAAAUAAAAAAAAGUAGUGCGGUUCAGUUGUGAAUUGUGAUCAUUAGCUACCAAAUGUAAUGUCAUCACCGUUAUCAUCAUUUUCAGCAACAACCACCAACGUCAAUGAAGAUAUCAUGUGGUUCGCGGCAAGAGCUUUACUGCUGCUGACAUUAAUUUCGGAUUUCGCAGCAAGCGUCAAAGAUAUACCCGUCGUUGCGAUGGAGGCGCUUAUUGGCGAAACAGUGUAUUUACCAUGCAAUGUUAGUACUCACGAUGUUAACGAUGAUGUUGUGUUAGUGCUGUGGUAUCGAGCGGAUAAAGGAACUCCAGUUUACAGUGUGGACAUUCGAGAUAGAGAUUUUAAGGCGGCCAAACGAUGGUCCGAUGAAAUGGUAUUUGCCAAUCGUGCUUAUUUUCUAUUCGAAAAGCAACCAGGUGAAUUGGCCGUACAAAAUGCAAAGGAGAGUGAUUCAGGAAUUUAUCGAUGUCGAGUCGAUUUCAAAGUAGCUCAAACUAGAAAUAGUAAAGUCAAUUUGACAGUUAUACUGCCUCCUGAUAGAAUAAGUAUAAAAGACGAUACUGGUGUGGAAAGAAGCACCGUCGUUGGACCGUACAACGAGGGUGACAUAAUUAAUUUGAGUUGCGAAGUCUUCGGUGGCAAGCCAAUGCCGGUCAUUCAUUGGUACAGGGAUAGUACACCAAUCAUCAGUGAAACGUACGAAACAAACGGCGGCCAAAGUGUGAAAAGUGAUAUAACAUUAGGUCCACUUGGGCGUCAGGAUCUUAACACGCGAUUAACGUGCAAAGCAAUUAAUCAUCCACGAGCAAGUCCAUUAGAAACAACCGUCCAAAUCGACAUGAACUUCACACCGUUGAACAUUCGCCUGUUGGGCGCACAUCAACCUUUAUCAGCGGGCAAGCGAUACGAUCUACUAUGUCAGAGUGCCGGCUCUCGACCGCAUGCUGCAAUAACAUGGUGGCGAGAUGGACAACGAUUAGAGAAAACUACCGAAACGUUGUCCAGUGACGGAAAUCAAACAACGAGUACACUUUCAAUUACGUUGAGCCGAGCAGAUGCCGGACGAUAUUUAUCAUGUCGAGCUUACAAUCCGGCACUACAGUCGGAGACAUUGGAAGAUGGAUGGCGAUUAGAUAUUCAAUAUAUACCAGAAACAAAAGUCAAAUUGGGCUCAUCACUUGAUCCGAACACAAUAAGAGAGGGUACGGAUGUUUAUUUUGAUUGUUUGGUAACGGCGCAUCCCCAUGUAUACAAAGUAGAAUGGCGUCACAAUGGCCGUAUGCUACCUCACAACAUAUCACAAGGUGUAAUAAUAAGCAAUCAUUCACUUGUACUGCAAGGUGUUUCACGUGCAACAGCUGGAGACUACUCAUGUGUCGGAUUUAAUGCUGAAGGAGAUGGCAUCAGUCCCCCAUUCACCCUGAAUGUAUUGUAUGCACCAUCAUGCAGUCCAAAUCAGCCGCGUAUUUACGGUGUGGCCAAGCAGGAACAGGCACAGAUAAGAUGUAGCGUUGAUGCAAAUCCACCGGACGUUGAAUUUAAGUGGACUUUCAAUAAUUCAGCCGAAAGCAUUGACGUCGCCAGCAAUCAUGUAACUCGUUCAGGUACAUCGUCGAUCGUUACCUAUACGCCGAUGACAGAACUAGAUUACGGAACUCUUUUGUGCAUUGCAUCAAACCGAAUCGGUCGACAACGAGUGCCAUGUGUAUACCAUGUCAUAGCAGCAGGUCGUCCCGAUCAAGUACAUAAUUGUACAAUAACGAAUAUUUCGAUGACAUCGCUGGGCAUUCGGUGCUUGGAAGGCUUCAACGGUGGUCUCACUCAAUCAUUUAUGUUGGAAGUGCGUGACAUGAGCACACAGGAUAUAAGAGCGAAUUUUACUUCACCGGUGGCAAGGUUUGCCGUUUCAAAUUUACAUCCGGGCAGUGUGUACAUCAUUUCCAUUUACGCAUUCAACUCGAAAGGACGUUCAGAUCCAGCCGUUCUGCCGGCAGCAAUGCUUCGACCCGCCGAAAAGCCGCUUACUGCCGAAAAAGAACGACCCCGUGCACCGAUUGCCUUGACGCCGAUGCUUUCGGUUGUUAUCGGUUUAUCGGCAGCACUUGUGAUUGGUGCAUUGGCCAUAAUCGUUGUAUUGAGAUUGCCAUGCGGUGGACGACGACGAAACCGUUUCAAGCGAAAGGAAUUGUCGCAAGGUACAACCACCGGUGAAGGUUCACCAGGUCCAAGUGAUAAGAGUAUCGGUAGCAGAGAGCUCGAUGGAAACGAAAGCGAUGAAAAAAAUCCAGAUAUUAUACCAGACACAGUUGAUUCGGAUGAUCAGAUCGAGUACAUUCAUCGAAGACAACAUAUUUCAACAAUUGAUACGAACAGUCCACAGCGUGGCGGAGGUGGCGGUAGCAGUAAUGUUAGUUGCACUGUAAAUGCAGUACCAAAUCAAACAUAUGUAUCAGCUAGUGUACCAAUCCAUACGGGACACGCGCCAGUAAACUACUGUACACUUCGAGCAAAUGGUAGCAGUAGUCAAGCGUCGGCAAAUAUGGGCUCAACAUUAUCGAUGAGUCCCGUUCAGAAUACGUUCCAAAAUCAAAUGACAACAUGUACACUGCCUCGCCAGCAUCCUGGACAAAUGGGAGCACAUCACUGGACAUCGUAUGGCGGAACAAUUGCUAGUAGUGUUCGGCAAAUACCACAAGUUCAAAUAAGCAGUUUACAAACAGCACCACCGCCACCAUCGCAAAUUGCAAUGCAUCAUUUGAAUUCGAGAGCGGCAAGACAUUGUAUACCGGCUACUUUAGUCGAUGAGGAAGUGACGGUAGAAACACCCUUAAUGGUAAAGCGUGAAAGUACGGUAUGACUAUAGGAAACGCACAGAGUCGGUGAUACGGCUCUGUGAACACAUUUUUUAUUCCAAUUCAUCAUAUAAAUGCAAUUAUACAUGUAUACAUAUACAAAACAUACACACACACAAAUGGACAACAUAAACACAAAUUCAUACACACAUCGAUACGAUAAUUAAAAUGUUAGCACACAAAACAAACAACAAAAAAAACAACAAACCAACCGGAAACAUACACACGAACAAAUUUCAAUCCAAUAAUCUUUUUGACGUUCUCUGUCUGUUCUCUAUAUUAAUACCGUAAAUAUUAUUGAAUCAUAGUAACAAUUUAAUAACAAAAAACAAAAAUCAAAUGAAAAUUAACAGCAAAAGCUCAAACACAUUUAAUACGAAUAAAAUACCAUUGUUGUAAUUUGAAUUCAUUUUGAUAAAUAUAUCGGUAUGCACUUUGUGGUGCCAACAAUUAAAAAAUCAAACUAAAACAAAACAAAACAACGUGCACCGGCCGGCAAAGAGCGAUAACAUUUCGCCGCAACAAUGCCAAUAUUUUGUGACAUCAAGCGGGUUUAUUGUCGGUAAGCAUUCGUUUGAUGAAUGCGCUAAAUUACUAUACAUGCAUUAUUUUUAUUGUAACAAACGUUUUGUUUUUUUUUAAAUAUAAAAUACAAAGUUUAUUACAUGAC